AUGGACGGGACCACAAUAAGCGCUUUCCUCCGGACCUGGGCCGCCAUAGCUGCAGGGUCUCUUGAUCGAGUUAUGCAAGCAGAAUGCACGGCCGCGUCGACCCUAUUUCCAGAAAGCAAGGUGAUGCCUCCUAAUGCCCGCGUGUGGAUAGGGACACCCUUUGUAAAGCCGGGGAGGAGCAGUCCAAGGAGAUUUUUGUUCGACUCGAAAGCCUUAUCAACAUUGAAGGACCUCGCAAGGAGCGAAAGUGUUUCGAAACCAACUCGGAUCGAAGCUUUAACAGGCUUCAUUUGGAAACAUGCGAUGGGAGCUUCCAGAAAAGCCACAAGUGUCGGAUCACCAUCGGCCCUAGUUCACUCUGUAAAUCUCCGGCGCCGGACUAAACCCUCUCUGCCCGAGCAUGCAGUUGGGAAUAUUGAUUGGAAGGCCUUCGCCGUUCACGACUCUCUGGAAGCAGAGGCUGAGCUUCCCCGCCUAGUCGAGCCACUGAGGAGAUUGAUUGCAGAGAUCGACGGUGACCUCAUGAAGAAAAUCUGGGGCGAGACUGCGCUCGUAGAGGUAUCGAAAUGGCUAGGAGAGGUGAAAGAGAUAUAUGAAAGGGCCAAGCAUGACUGCUACACUUUUGUGAACUGGUGUAACAUGGGAUUCAAUGAUGUGGACUUUGGUUGGGGAAGGCCAGCAUGGGUAAGUCUUGGGAAUUUUGGGGAUGAAGCGUUUAGGAAUUUGGUCAUUCUGGUGGACGCACCGUCCGGGGAUGGAAUAGAAGCAUGGAUCGUGCUUGAGGAACGAGAGAUGGUCCCAUUGGAACGCGAUCCCAAGUUCCUAGCAUUUGCUUCUCCUAGGUCUUCUGCGUAA